CCCGCCCCUAACUACCUGGCUUCACUAGCAACACACAAGAUGGCGUAAAAACGUGAAUCACUGCAAAUCCGUCCAGAUGUCUACUGCUAUUGCUGCUCAAGACAACCAGCCCCCUCCCCAGCCUCCUGGGGAAGGGGGUGGGGCUGACGACACCACCCCUGGGGAGCCAGCCUCCAAACCGUCCAACAUUGUAGUGGAGGCCUUCUCCAGCUCAGGCUCCAUGAGUAACCGGAGUGAGGAGAUCACGGACAAUGUUCCCGCCCUGACGGAACAAAACGUCGCCGCGAAGGACAGAAGAGAGGAGGAGGAGGAUUCGAGAGCAGUGGCGGAUCAAUGGGAGGGGAGGAGACGAACUGACACCGACCACGCCACGGACAGAGCGACGCUCGGAACGGCAAACGCCACGAAUGUUACCGUCAGGCUGCCCACGGUUACGCGUAGUAACGAGGGAACACCGCGCGGAAGAGCGGCGACACAGACGGCACACCCUCUAACCCCGGCGAAAGCCCGUAUUGACUACCUACCCACCCAUAGUGCAGAUCUGAGGGCCCUGAACGCACUCAUAACCAGAAGUGGAACCAGGUUUUCUACUAGAAGUUUUCCUGCACAAGUCAUGAGGAUGUCCACAAUAGGACUCUCCAGAGCAAGAUCACAGCCAACACGUAUGGGAAUGAACAACUACUUUGAAGAACAAAACAUCAACAAAACUAUUUCAUGGGACAAAGCAAUGGAGAGCAGGCCCCCCCUACAGGUGGACAUGGAUGGGCCCGGCCCGACCAGUUACAGGCCCAGGAACAAACCUCUAUAUGAGACCAACGCACCUUCCUUCACCUUUGGUAGAAAAUCUCCACCCAGAAAUGGAGGUGGUAGGACAGCCUGGGCCACACCCUGGAUGCAGUCAGAAUCUGGCUUCACCAAGAAAACAAACUUUGAAAAGACGUGGCCAACUCCUGUGCAUUAUCCAGGCAAACAUGAGAAACUAGCUCUGGUAGGCAAGAGACAAGUACAUCUCCCCACAUACCCACAGUUCUCACUAGGAGCACGCAGGGAGUUUCUACUCAGUAAAAAAGGAUCGGAUUUUGAACCCUCCCCCAAUGAGUACAACAUCAGUUCAGCAAAGGUGGUCGUGUUACCCAAGGCACCCGCUUUCUCCGCUACACCUCGCAGGGGAACACUGUGGGAAAAGAAAUCUGAUACCCCAGGCCCAGGUGCCUACAGCCCCAGUACUGGCUGGACCAAACCCCACAAUCCUGCAUUCACUAUGAUCGGCAUCAGGGGAGACCCGGCCUGGAAGGACAUUGUCGUCGGUUUCCGGCAUGUCACUCAGUGGGAACUUACAAACCUCUUCCCUGGUUACAAGCAAGGGUGGUUCUACACUGCUUUUAUCUGUCAGCCAAGAGACUUUCUGCCAUGGGCAAAGAAAAGAUUGACUCAGAGAGGAGUCUGCUUUGUGCAGAGAAGAGUUAACACAUUGGAACAGUUGGCGCCACAUUACGAUGUAGUUGUGAACUGCAGCGGAGUUGGUGCAACAAAGUUGGCGGGUGACGAGGCCGUUUCAGCGAGCAGGGGCCAGGUCAUGAGGGUAAAGGCUCCCUGGCUGCGGUACUUUGUGGAGACGGACGGUAAACAUCCAGUCAUCGACGGGAUACCGUACAUGUAUCCAAAUUUGCACAACGUAGUUAUCGGUGGAAUCAAACAAACGGGGAAUUUUCGAAAAACGAACGACCCACGUGACACGGACACUAUCUGGAAGGGGAUCUUGGCCUUGAACUCUCAAAUGAAGGGCGCGGAGGUAGUGGAAGAGUGGACGGGAUUCCGACCCAUGCGGGAAGGAGGAAUCCGACUGGAGAGAGAGACGCUGGUGGAACCUUCAACAGGACAGAAACUGGAGGUGGUCCAUAACUACGGCCAUGGAGAGAACGGGGUCACGUGGUCACACGGCUGUGCCAAAGAAGUUGCCAAGAUCGUCAAAACUAUCAUGGCGGAAAGAACAAGUCUAAAAUCUCGACUGUAGACAGAACACUGAUGAUAUUUACACUUGAAAUUGUCUCCUAAACUUAAUAGUUAUCAUUCGGAGGAAAGAGGAUAUGUCUCACAACGUAAUGUAUAGGUUUUAACAGCCA